CUGACAGAUCCAAUUGGAACUCUAAUUGUAAGAAAUGCUCUCUCUGCAACUUUCACUUCCUCCAAUCAAUAAUGAGUUCUCUCAUUGCAACCCAAAACCAGCUUUAUGUUCACUCCAGGAUCGAUCUCGCAGCAGUAGUAGAUACCUCUCGAGAACAUUUCCUUCUCUUCUCAAAUGUAUUUUCUGUGCAAGUACAACUCCAGCAGAUGUGGGAUUUAAAGUAGAAGAAGUGAAGGGAAGAGACUCUGGUUCUGGAAUUCCAGCAGAAGAGGCGAUUUUGUUGCCAGAUGAGCUCCGGCCUGAAUUUAUGCCGAAUCAUGUAGCGGUGAUCAUGGAUGGAAACGCGAGGUGGGCGAAGCAGAAGAAUUUGGCUCCGUCUUUUGGUCAUGUAGCUGGUGUUAGGGCUUUGAGAGAGGUUAUUGAGCUCUGUUGCAAAUGGGGGAUUAGUGUUCUCACUGUUUUCGCUUUCUCAACUGAAAACUGGAUUCGGCCCAAAUUGGAGGUUGAUUUUUUGUUGAAUUUGUUUGAGAUGGUGAUAAAGGAAGACCUGAAGAACUAUAUGAGGUAUUUUUCUCUAAACCAAAAUGGCAUUUUGAUCUUUAUGCUUAUGUUGUUUCAGUAA